AUGUGUAAUGAGAUUGGCCGCAAUGGAGCUGAAUGGUUGGCUAAAGGUUUGCAGUUAAACAGAACACUGAAGACUCUGAAGAUGACUGGAAAUAAAAUUGGCAAUACAGGUGGAAUGCACUUUGCAACAAUGCUUCAACUAAACAAGACAUUGGAAUCACUAGAUCUCGGUGACUGUGAUGUGGGAAUUCAAAGCUUGAUUGCUUUCGCAACGGUUUUAAACAACAACAAGACUCUCAAAGCCAUUGAUGUUGGUCGACCUAUCCUUUACACUAUUCAGGAAGAGGCAACUGUGCACAUGGCCCUUAUGCUGCAGGUCAACCAAACUCUUCAGGAGCUGCACUUGGAGAAAAUGGCAAUGCAGAACUUUGGUGUACAGCAACUUUGUGACAAACUGGUUAAGAACCAGAGUCUCCAACUCCUUGAUCUCCACUGUAACCAAAUAUCCUCUGAUGGAGCAAAGUCAUUGGCCGAGCUGCUGAAGCACAACACUCCACUGAAGAUUCUGGAUUUGGCAGCAAACAGAAUUGAGGAUGAUGGACUCGUUUACAUUAGUGAGGCCAUCCGCUACAUGAACAACCAGCUGGUAGCAUUGUCUGUGGCCCGGAACAACAUCUCUGGCAUUGGUCUGAUGGCACUUGCAAAUGCCUUGAAAUCCAACAAAACUUUAACCAAUGUCUACAUCUGGGGCAAUGAAUUUGAUGAAUCAGCCUGCUUAGAUUUUGCAAAUCUCUUAAAAGCUGGACGUUUGAAACCAAAGCGAACGGACAUCAGCCCAUUCUGGAUUGAUGGUCGGGUCUACUUAGCUGAGCUUGCUCAUGGGCUUCAGAUGAGUUACUACUGGAUUCCCCCAUAUGGCAAGAAGGAUGAUGCAGCUUGUAAUGCCAACAAAUACCUCCUGAAAGAGCCCCUUUCUUCCAUAAGCCAGAUCGAUAUAGACGAAUCGAUAGAUACUUCCAGUGUGGAAGAAGGAGCUGGAUUCAAAAAUUGUAAAAGCAUGAAAACAAAAUACUGCAGGUGCCGGAAAUCUGAGCUAGCUCUGAAGAAGAGUCAUAUGGACUCGAAGCUUGUCAGAAAAAAAUGUGAAGAAUUGAAAGUGAGCUUUGCUGACUCUCCUUCGGCAGCUUGUUCUCUGGAAGCAGCUGAUUCCUUCCCGUCAACUCAGCUCCCAACUUUCACUCCGGUUUCCGGGCCGAUAACUUCCCCCGGCUCCGGCUCCAACUCCCGGAUCCAACUCCGGCUCCGGCUCCGGCUCCAACUCCCGGAUCCAACUCCGGCUCCGGCUCCGGCUCCCGGGUCCCGGCUCCGGACUCGGGGUUCAGGUCAGGAUCUGGAACAUUCGCUCCUGGUAUUUUGUGGCUCGGGAACAGGGUUCACGACUAGGUCAGCAUUUCCUGUCAAGAGAACUCAACCCAAUACAGACUUGUCUGAUGUUCCUCUAAGAAUUGAAGAUACAGAUCUACAGGACCUCAUCCAAGCACCUAAUGUUCAGGCAACUCUGGAAAAGGAGGUUCCUGACAAAGCAUCUGGGGUUGUGGAGCUGAGAUUCCGCACAAGGAAACCACCAGAAAAGUAA